AUGGGGAGCGCGGGGGAAGAGGGUAAGGAGGAAGAGGAGAGCGAGGAUAUUUUUGAAUUUAGCGAUUCUCCUUUGGAGAAAGAGAGGUCUGAGGCUGCUUCUUCUGCCUCCGCUCCGAGUCUGAGAUCCCCAAAGAACCUGGAUCUGGAGCAAGACCGGGAAGUGGACACACACAAAAGUAGCGGGAGCCGCCUCCCCGGGGACCCUGGCAGCUGCUGGAAACUCUCCCCACGGGCGGCGGACUCCGACAUCACCGCCUCCUCCUCCUCCUCCUCCUCCUCCGACGGGGCGGCCGGCCGUCCGGGCCGGGGGGAGCUUCGUGGUCUGUGCCCUCGCCUGGGCAAACAGGCCGGAGGCCAAAGCCGGGCCCAGAUCCCGGCCGGCCGGACUGCCGCCGGGGGCCACGCCUCCGCCCGGGAGCCAUCCAGGAUCCAUCCAGGAUCCCGGCGGGGGGAGGCCAGCCCGGAGGCGGCGCCCCCCACUGCCCCAUCCUCCCCCGUCCCCGGGCCCCCCUACCUACCGCCCGCCACUGCCAGGCUGGUGGGGGAGGGUCCCCGAAAGACACACCGGGACCCCGGGACCCAGCGAGACCUCGAGACAGUGAGAGCCCCGCUCCGCGCUGGGCCGGGGCUCCUGGUCCGGGGUCCGGCCGGUCCGGAGCGCCUGACCCGGCCCGGGGGGCGGCCGCGGAGUGGGGGGUCCGCGGCCCUUGCGCCCCCCGCCCCGAGAGAGGGAGGACCCAGAGGCGGUCCCCCCCCCCCUUCCUUCCCCAUCAUGGGGAACCAGAACCUCUCGCUUCCCGGACUCCAGGGCGCGCAGCCACCCGCCGAAAGCUUUCUGGCCCGCGCCUUGGAUCGCAUGUUUUCGCCCGGCGGAUCCCUCUCCUCCUCCUUGAGUCCAGAAGCAGCUACACACUAUCUUCAUCUCCCCAGCAUUGUCAGUUUGGACACCUUCGCACAUGCGCACAGAGCCUUCAAUCUGACACCCCUCGCCAGGGCCAAAAAAACUUUCCAAUGUAUUCAUCAUCACCAUCAUCAUCGUCGGCGCGGCGGGGUGGGCGCUGGAGAGCCCCCACCCGACCCCCUGGACGAGUCGAGCAGAGCGAGAGCCGGAGUCCACGCUGUGAACGAGGGCAAAGGCGUUCGCUUCGGCCCUGCAAUCCCCCUCCCCACCCCCGGCCCCCCAUCUCAGCCGCCCUCGGAGGCCUGUGCUUCUCCUUUCUGGGGAAAGAGAUUGGGGGCAUCAGGGGCGCUGCUCUCCCCGCGGCCCCCUCGCUUGUCCACUCCGGACACCCAACAGGCCGGGUUCAGCUGAGACGGUUUUCCCUCCAUCCCCGAGCGAAAAAGUCCCGGAUCCGAAUUCCUAGAAGAUCGAACCUCCUGGAAGCCUCUCUCCCGUCCCCUACCCCAAAUCAAAACUAAAAUAAAAACGAAAAAAA